AUGACGAUAAAAAUUGAACGACGUAUGCUCCUGGAAUCAAAACAAGCACUCAAAAAAUUAUUAUCAGGCAUUGACACCACUGCAAAGUUGCUAAGUCCAUUAAAUCCAUCAGUAGUAAAUCUGGCAAGAUCUCUCAGUUCCUCACUUAAUGGAACUGAGCUCAAUUUCGCUACCGUCCAAACAAGGGUUGCACCAACGUUGUUUCUAGCACUUUCAAUGAUCCCACAUAUCUCACAGGUUUCUUAUAUUGGAUUAGAUGGCCUUUUAUUCUCACUUUACAACCAUGAGGAUCAAACUUUUGCAGUAUUCUCCAACACUUCAUUUUCUUCAAAUUGGUACACUCAACCAGUAAAUAGGGACACUGGGAAGUUAUAUGGCGCAGCAGUUGCUUCAGAUUCUUUCGUCACAGUUAAGUCCACUUGGUUCCAACAAGCCUUGAAUAGCACAAGUGGUUAUUCUUGGCUGGGAAGAGGAUGGGACAAGGCUCAACAUAGCAUGUUUUUAAGUACUGUGCCUAUGGAUGGCAGAGGGGUGAUUUCCUUCGGUAUUCCAGCAAAAGUUGUCGUCGAUCAUUUCACCGCUUUAGACUUCCAUGGGGGUUACUUUCACUUGGCUACAUCAAAUGGGGAUGUGAUUGUGCAAACAAAGCUCCCAAAAACCCAAUUUGAAAUAAGCAACAACACGGUUUCGGUCCAAAUGGUGAGGCCAAAUAGUAAUGCCACUGGUGAUCUUGGUAAAUUCUCAUGUAAUCAUGAUGAUGAUGACAAGUUGGAACCAUAUAUUCAUUCAUGGAAAAUGAAGCGUAUCAAGUACAUGACUUAUUGCUCCACCCUCGAGAUCAUCGGAGUUAAAUCGGUAUAUGUAUUGACUUGUCCCGCCAAUGGUCUUGUAAACCUUAAUCACAAAUCAGUUGUGUUGCUUGGCCUUUUGGUAUUUUUAAUUCUUGCAUCGGUUUGCAUAUUCAUACUCUUAAUAAUCAGAGCUGCAAGAAGAGAAAUGAUCUUAUGUGCACGGAUCAUGAAACAAGAAGGCGCAACUCGUCAAGCAGAGCGCAAGAGUAUGAACAAAACUAAAGCCUUCAGUAGAGCAAACCAUGAUGUGAGGACUUCUUUGGCAGCCAUCACUGGUUUGAUAGAGUUGUGUCACCAAGAUGCCAAUCCCGACUCUGAGUUAGCAGCCAAUUUGGCACAGAUGCAUACUUGUACAAAGGACCUCCUGGUCAUAUUGAAUUCUGUUCUUGAUAUAAGCAAAAUUGAAGCUGGGAAAGCGCAGCUUGAAGUAGAAGAAUUCAACUUGGCUCAGCUCCUUGAGGAUGUAGUUGAUAUGUUCUACCCUAUUGCUAUAAAGAAAGGAGUCGAUAUCGUGCUCGAUCCUUGUGAUGACUCGAUUGCCAAAACAUGUAAUGUCAGAGGCGACAGAGGGAAACUUAAACAGAUAAUGUGCAACUUGCUUAGCAAUGCAGUGAAGUUUACAUCUGAAGGUCAUAUCACAGUUCGUGCCAUGGUUCCGAAAUCAAGUUAUGAGAAUGAAAUCAUCGCUUCCAAUCAUAAUCGUGUGUUGAAGUGUUUGUCAUGGUUGUUUUACAAGGGGAAAGGAGCUUUCAGUGAUUUGGAUGCCAUUCAUACAGCACAAAAGGAUCCCAACAGUACAAAGUUUGUCAUUGAGGUGGAUGAUACAGGCGAGGGAAUUCCAAAAGACAAGCGAGAAUUUGUUUUCGAAAACUUUGUUCAGGUGACAGACAGGGCUACUGGAAAAGAAGGCUCUGGUUUGGGACUUGGUGUUGUUGAAUCUUUGGUACGCCUAAUGGGUGGAGAGAUAAAAAUUCUUGAUAAAGAGCUGGGUGAGAGAGGUACUUGCUUCAGCUUUGAUGUUUCUCUUCUGACAUGUAAACCAAAUUCUGGUGACAUUGAAGAAGAAUUUUCCAAUGAUCGCUCUGCCAACGGAUUUCAACCUUUUGGUAUACAACUUUUGGCGCAUUCACCAAAACCAGAGGGAUCUCAUGUGGUGCUCUUUAUAGAAGGCGACGAACGGAGAAAGAUUUUGGUGAAGUAUAUCAGUAGAUUGAACAUAAGAGUUUCAUAUGUAAAGCUUGCAAAAAAUCUUCUUCCACAACUUGAGAAGAUAAAGUGCAAGUUAGAAAUUUCCUAUUUCAAUCAUUCGGAAAAGUCCCAGCUGGGUUUUCUUGACCAACUAAGCCCCUCCGCAUCCAACAACUCUGAGUCAAGAGCAAGUGACGGGUCUCAAAGCAUCAAGGAAGUAGAUGACCAAAUCUUGCAACCCGAUAAAAAGACCGACUCCGGAAACUCCGCAACUGCAGGUAUUGUACUUAUUGUGAUUGACACAAAUGCUGGUGUUUUCUCUGAGUUGUAUGCAACUGUGGCUAGCUUUAGGAAAGACAUACACAAGUCAAGAUGCAAGGUUGUCUGGCUAGAUAACUCAAUAACGCGUAACACGCAUCCGAUGCAACUAGAAGGACAGAAGCUAGCUCCUCCACUCGAUUUUAUUAUCUACAAACCAUUUCACGGGUCGCGCUUAUAUGAAGUAUUAGGACUAAUACCUGAACUUAAAGGAUGCAACUUACCAAAGUUAGAAAAGAGAGAAGUAGCUCAAGAAAUGCAGAAAAUGGAUCCCAAACUUGCAGGAAAUGAAGUAGGAACAUCUUCAUCACCUCACGACGACGACUCACUGCAACAAGUGGUCGUACAUAAAUGUGUUGAUAAAAGAAGUGAUCAGGAGCUCUUGUAUGGAAAGAAAGUUUUACUUGUUGAAGAUUCAGCAGCAAUUCGCAUGGUCAUUAGUACUUAUCUUAAAAAACUUGGAGCAGUUGUGGAAAUUUGCCAUGAUGGCAAAGAGGCAUUUGAUCAAAUUUGUAGAGCUCUAAGGGAUCAUAGCAAGGAGGCUCAUUCUAAAUCUACUCCCUACGACUAUAUUUUCAUGGAUUGCGAGAUGCCAAUAAUGAACGGAUUUGAAGCAACAAGGCUAAUAAGGAUGGAGGAAAAACAAUACGGGAUCCGUAUUCCGAUUAUAGCAUUGACAGCCCAUGCAAUCAAUGAGGUGGUUAACAGGAUGAUUGAAGCAGGGAUGGAUGUCCAUCUAACCAAACCAUUGCAAAUAGACAUGUUGCUGGAAGUCAUCAAAUCGAUUGAGAACAAAUAA